CGCAGCCACUCAAAGCCACACUCAAACCUGUCUAGCAACACAAACCUGGGCACAUUUUUUUAACGUUGACUCUACAGUUCUGAAGUUUGGGACCGAGGUCUGCUGGAUUAAGUGAGACAGAGAGAUGAUAAUAUUUGCUAAUAUGAAUUAUUCAAAUACCCCACAGCUCAGAGGAGUCGAGGCAUUAUUCUGUUCAUCUAUGAUCUCAUGAUGACUACCGAUAUUUCUGAACCUUGAUCUCCUGUCUGCUUCAAACAUCUGCCACAUAACAGGCUUGGGAUCAGUUGAUGUGGGCCAACAUGUCAUUUUCACAGCAGGUUCUGGUGAACUUUGAAUUCAAUUACACCACUAAAGAAGGUAGAACGGUGUCCAUCAAACCCAACGAGCACUACAUCCUAGUAGCCAAGACCAAUGACAAUUGGUGGCAUGUUCGCCGGAAUGAAACAGACGAGCCUUUUUACAUCCCAGCAAAGUAUGUGACAGAGCUUCCACCUGAGCACAAUCAAACUCCAUUGGACACUCCGGAGGAGUUUAGCGGACAUGAAUCCCUCCUGUCAAGCUCCGGGACAGCUUUUCCUUUUACACUCCCUGACACCCACACCUCUGCAAAGGUGAAGCUUAGACUCCCAGCCUCAAUAAAAAAGGACACAGAGAAAGACGGUCAUAGAAUGUCAACUUACAUUAUUCCAAAGUAUUUCUUUGAACCAAAGGUUUUGGAACCAAACCCCACACAGACUGAAGCAGAGGGCAGUCUUGCACCUGAACAUGAUAGCCAUGACAAGACCCCCAACUCUGCUUCUCCAACUAAUAGGGAAACACCACACACUAUCUUACUGCCUCGUGUCCAUACAAUCAACACGCUAUCCUCUGAGAUGGAGACAAAAUCAACCAUGAACAAGAAAGAGACAACUGAGAGGCCUCAGGCGGACACAAAGAAUCUGGAUGAAGAUAUUCAGAUGCUCAUAAGAGCUGGGUGGAGUCCCGCAAUAUGGAACGUCACAGAUGAUGGCAAGAUUUUGUAUGAGAGUAUAGAUACUGUGAGGGAACCAGAAUCCCCAAAAAACAAGGACAAUCCAGCAGGGACUGUCCGGACACCAAAUUCCACCACAGUCCCAACCCCAGUUACACCGGACAAAUCCAUGGUAGAGGAUGACAGCGCCCUUACAGCGGUGUAUGUAAACAUCCCUCAGCUGCGCGAAAGUGCCUUUGACACAUCCAGUCCCUCUACUUCUCCAUCACAAAAGUUCCCGAACCCUCCCAACACCCACCUUCUGGACUCAGGAUGGGAGGUCCACACUGACGACCAGAGUGGGCAAGAGUACUACUUCCACUCUUCUACGGGCCGCAGCACCUGGGAGUAUCCGCUCAGCAACUCCAUGGAGUCUUUGGUGGGGGCGGAGGAGUCCCGUUCCCCACCGUCUUUUCCCCAGUCUCCAGGCUGUUCGCCAGUGAGCCCUCCUCCACCUGCUCAGAGGUGGAGCUCAGAUUGGGAGAAGGUGCUGGAUGAGAAUACUGGCAGGCAUUACUUCUUCAACUCUGUGUCAGGACAGAGCUCUUGGGAUCCUCCAGAGGAUAUUGGCUUAUCAGAGAGCAGGAAUUUGCUAGAAGAUUGCCCGCCUCCAUUUCCUGAGGAAGACUACCCAGCAUCUCCAGAGCAGGAGGAGGAAACAUCUCCGCUCUCUGUGCCCCUUUCCGCAGAGUAUUCGUUGAUCCAUGUGAAGAAGUCCCCUAUCCCCAGGGCAAGCCUGGAUCGGAACACGCCUCCUGGCUGGUCCCUCAGCAUAGACCCUGAUGAAACUUGGGUCUUCACGAGUGAUCACACACAGGAACAGUGGAUCAAGUCACUAGAUGAUCAGGGACGGACAUACUACUACCUCAGAGAUGGCACCAAGUCCCUGUGGAACUUACCAGAGUACUCUGGCAGUCCAGGCCAGUAUGGAGUGGGAAACGGGGCUUCGGGUGAGCAGGACGGAAUGGGAUCAUUAAAUAACUGGAGACACAGUACGGGAUAUCAGGAGGAUAAGUUCCACUCAUCAUAUCGUCUGAAUACAUCAGACAACAACAUCUACAGCUCUCCCGAGAUUCCUAAUGUUUCAAACUUGGAGAAGGCUGGAAUCCUGAACAAAACUAAGGUGUCUGAAAAUGGGAAAAAAGUCAGAAAGAACUGGGCUCAUUCCUGGACGGUUCUUCUUGGAGGAGUACUGACAUUCCAUAAAGACCCAAAGUCCACACCAACCGGAUCAUCGAGCAAGUCAAAUCAGAUAGUCCCAGAAUUCACAGUGGAUUUGAAUGGAGCAACAAUUGGCUGGGCAACCAAGGAUAAAUCAAGCAAGAAAAAUGUUUUGGAGCUUAAGAGUCGGACUGGCUCGGAGUACUUGAUCCAAUACGACACGGAAAGCAUCAUCAAUGACUGGCAUAAAAUCAUCACAGAUACCAUACGCCAGCUGGAUUUGGAUCAGCAUCACUCUGAAGAUGAGGAUGAAAUCAGCGAGAAGUCCUCUAGCACAGAUAGAGAGGAAAGAUCCAUCGACAAAAGAAGAAUGAGCAUUGCAACUCGAAAGCCUUCCACCAGUUCAGCAUCUGAUGCAGAUCAGAAGAAAGUCCGCACCAAACUGAAGAAGUUUCUCCUGAAGCGGCCCACACUGCAGUCCGUCAAAGAUAAAGGCUAUAUCAGAGAAAAUGUAUUUGGAUGUCACUUGCACAAUUUGUGUGCUCAGGAGAGGACCACAGUACCCAGCUUUGUGGAGUUAUGCAUCCGGACUGUAGAGAAAAGAGGUUUGGAAAUCGAUGGACUUUACAGGGUUAGUGGGAAUCUGGCGGUCAUUCAGAAACUGCGUUUCAAAGCAGAUCAUGAGGAUCUGGACUUGGAGGAGGGUAACUGGGAUACCCAUGUGAUCACAGGAGCACUAAAGCUGUUCUUCAGAGAGCUGCAGGAGCCUCUCUUCCCUUACAAUCUCUUCAAUGAAUUCAUCUGUGGCAUCAAAAUCCCUGAAUAUUACAAUAAACUUUCCCACAUGAAAAAUCUUGUAAAGUCUUUACCAGCACCCAACUAUGACACAAUGGAAGUGCUAUUCAGCCAUUUACGCAAGGUCAUCCAACAUGGAGAUGAAAACAGAAUGACUGUACAGAAUGUGGCCAUUGUUUUCGGCCCAACGUUACUCAAACCUGAGGUGGAGACAGCAAACAUAACCAUGUACAUGGUCUUCCAGAACCAGAUUGUAGAGUUCUUGCUCAGUGAAUUUGAGUCUAUCUUCCACAUGUGAUUACAUAAACUAUCAUGGGCAAAUAACAAGCAUCAGAUUGUGAAACUUUAUGUAAAAUAGUUUUAUAAAAUAGUUAUGGGCUACUCGUGUUUUUUCUUGCUGCAAACAGAAUAUGACAAUUAAAUAAUAAUUAAGUUUAACUUUGGUUUUCUUUGGUCUUUUGCCUUUCUAUAGAGGAGUGCAAAACCCUGAAGGUUUGAAAAAUUUGUUCCUUUAGUUCCUACAAUGGUUUACAGUGGUUACAAUGUCCAAUGUGAAAGUAGUUUAAUAAUAUUUAAAAUUACAAUGUUUAAAUAUUUUUUUAAAUGUUUUUCUUCUUCUAAUUCUCUGUAACAUAGAAAUGUACAAAGAAUAUACUGCAGGUUUGUGACUGUAAAUUGGAAAUGCUGAGUUACAUGUAUAUUGUUAUUUAGCCACAAUAUUUGUGAUUUUGUGGUACAAAAAUAUAGUGUCUGUGAACAUGAAUUUGCACAUAGAUUAAGCAUUAAUAUUAUUUUCAACCUGGCGUACUAAAAUAAUCAUUGUAAGUUGUUUGAAGGUGUGUGUGUAUAGAAAAGGCAUAUUUAUGUAAAUUACUUGGAGUAAACAGGUUUUUAAUAAAGUAAC